GUGUCGUGCGUCAGCCCGUACGUGUUCGUAUGUGUUCAGACUGCUCAGCGCCGUACUGUCGUCAGCGUCGCCGCGUCAAGUCAAGUCAACCGAUGAUCAGUAACGCCUCACCGGCUGCCAAUAUCUACUUACAUAUUUAGUCUUCUUGUCACUCGGCAGUCAGCUCACUUACACUCAUCGCAACAGAGACAACAGACCUCGAAACCACAUCAAUUAUGCAGCAACAAUUAUUAUUGCCAGACGUGCGACAACAUUCACAAAUACAAAGAUGAAUGUUUUUUUUUACGGAAUUGCCGGGGCAAUUUUAAUUUUGCUCCUUACCAUCUUAAACUUUACAACAUUUGUCAGACUCUUUUCUUGCUUGAUAGUAUUGACUUUAGGGGUUGUUAGUUGUGUAUAUAAAAAAUACAGUUCAACACUUGAAAAUGAAAUUAAAUCAAGUAAAGAAAAUCUAUCCCAAAGAACGAAAAAAAUACAGGAGCAAUUUUUAGCAGAAUCAAAGAAAAAGGUUGCAUUCACUUUAGAUAGAAGAGUUACAGGAAGUCAUGUCAUUGAUGAAUCGUUACAAGAAAUUUUAGAUUUUGUCUUGAGAGACUACAUUGAACCAUGGUAUAGCGUUCUUACCAAUGAUGAAGAAUUCACUAAAUCUGUGAGAGAUACUGCUCAAAAAAUUGCUAUAAAUAUAGCAAACAGGGUGAAAGAGGUUGAUUGGAUACCAUACUUGACAACAAGACUUGUAGAUGAUGCUGCUUCACAUAUGAGACUCUAUCGGCAAGCUCGAGCAAAAUUAAAACAUACACAGUCAAUGCAAGUUCAAAAAGGUAGUAGCAGUUCGAGUACAUCUGGUGGAACGCCUAAAAAGACCCCUACUCAUAGGAGGAACAAAAGUGAAACAGAUGUUUUCUGGUAUUCUCAAUCCAAGUUUUAUAUUCCAAAUUUGACAUCUUUGAAUGAGCCUAAAGUGAGCACCAGUAACGAAAAUCACACUGAAUCUUUGGAAAAAAUAUUUUUUGAUAUGGAAGUGCAGAUGGAGAAUAAUGUCAUAUGUCGGGAUUUGGUUUGUACUGACGAGGCUCACGAAUUGGCUUUUCUUGGAGAAAUAUCUGAGAUUUUACUUUAUCUCUUGCUACCAAAAUCAGAUUUUGAUUGUUUAACCGUACGUUUCAUCUUGAGAGAGCUAUUGGUUAACAUUGUCAUUAGACCUCUACUUAAUUUAUUUUCGGAUCCCGAUUAUAUUAAUCAAGCUUUUAUUUGGCUGUGCACCAAAGACGCCUCUUUACCAAGCGAUGUAUUCCUAACGGUUAUACGAAUGACUGACAGUUUGGAGGAAUUGAUAGCUACGAAAAAUAUAGUUUGCAAAGAGAUAGCACACUUACGUUCCAAAGACACAGGAGGUGAAGAUGAUCUUAUCGUUAAGCAGCAACUUAAUAGUCUGUUAUACGUCAAGAAGCUCUUGGAUAGCCGUAUAAUUGGAAUGAAAGAGGGUCUGGACGCCGAGACUGAUGGUCCAGUUCAAGAUUGGAGUAGACUUCUCGUGCCAGGUCAUAAGUUAGUGAAUCUGCCGUUGGAUGAACUUUUGAAAAAUAACAUUGCUCUCAGCUACUUUAUCGAUUAUAUGACAAACAUCAAUGCCGAGGUUUACCUUUACUUUUAUUUGAACAUUUAUGGUUGGCGCGUAUCAGCUGAACAACAAAUCUCUGACAUUGAGGUACAGAAAAUGCAAAGUGCGCAAGCAGGUUCUUCGUCAUCGUUCGGCUCAUUGAGGAAGAAAAAUGCCGAUCUUGAUAAUCUGAAAGAAGCGGCGUUGAAGAUUUACCAGCAGUAUCUAAGCGACAAAGCGUCCAUGAAGCUCCAACUGGACGAUGUUCUGGUGAAGGGUCUUGUGAUUCGAAUGAAAUCCGAGUCUGUGAGGGAGACGUGGUUCGACGAGUUGCAAGCUUGCUGCUACGAGAAACUUCAGAACGAAGACCGUUUCUUACCGGCGUUCAAAAGGUCCGUUUCGUACUUGAAGAUGCUUGCUGAACUGGACUUAUUGAAAGAUCCAACUUCGGAGGAUGAUUCUAAAUCGUUGGAUAGCAUUAGCAUUUCGAGUAUCAAUAAUGAACUGGACACUCUGGACGAGCAUGGCGAAGCGUCAAAAAGCACAGAGAAAGGCUGUGGUAUCAAUCGAGAAACAAAAAGUAAAUCAAGCUCCUGCGACGAGUUGGACAGCGGGCGAGCAUCCGCUGGCGAGAGCAAAGAGGACAAGGUUUCCCGAGUGUCGAUCGAAAGUAGUGGCGGCGGUGGUGGCGACUCUAUAGAUGCGAGCUCGGAGCAGUUUCUAAAGCUAGACGCAACCUCGAUAGCGUACGAUCAAAAUGCAAUAAGGAAGCUGCAGCAGGGCCGUUUCGAUCUGAGCGUCGAAAUAAUAGAGACUGGCAUUGUGAAUGAUCGAGGCAAAACUUAUGGGAUCUACGCAGUGGCCGUCGCCAAAGUCUACGAUUCGGGUUAUCGAGAGAAGUGGCAUAUCUAUCGACGCUACUCUGACUUUUACGAUCUCUACCAGAAGAUUAAAGAGAAGUACUACGAUCUGGCGAAGAUCGCCUUUCCAGCGAAAAAGGCCUUUCAUAACAUGGACAGGGCAGUGCUUGAGAGGCGCAUGAUUAUGCUCAAUGCCUGGCUGGCUCAGCUGACCAGGCCAACUAUAAUGGAAGGCCACCUGGGCCUGCAAAACCUCUUGCUUUUGUUUCUCGAGCAGGGAGACUACGACAAAGGGGUCAGCGGAGGCAUCUCCAGGACUAUUGAUACAUUGGUCAAUCCCUUAAAAACGUCCAUGAAGUCAGUGACUCAAGCUGUGAAAACCAUGCCUGACAAUAUGCUGAAUACGGUGGACGGCGUUAUGGAUAACAUUAGUAAACUGUUUGGCAAUUCGAAAAAGAAUAGCGUCUUCUACGAAAGCGUCAAAGUCGGGGCAAGUCUCGACACGGAGACCGACGACAAUAUCCCGUUGAGGAUCAUUCUGUUGCUGAUGGAUGAGAUUUUUGACUUAAAAAAUCGAAAUCAAUGGCUCCGGCGCAGAAUAGUAACGCUAUUGCGCCAAAUCAUUCGAACGAUGUUUGGCGACAUAGUUAACCGGAGGAUCGUCGAGUAUGUGUCCUAUCUCACAAGUCCGAAGAAUGUCGCAACGUAUUUAAAAAUAUUCAAACACAGCUUUUGGCCGAAUGGCGUCCCGGCGGAUUCAAAACCGCCGCGCGAUCCCGAGACAAAAAACAGGACACGCGUAGCCGCCAAAGUAGCGCUUCUGUCCUGUCUGUCGGACGAGCUGAAACAUAUCAUAGGUAGCGAGACUACGCGCCGGGGAGUACUCCGGAUUUUUGAACUUUUUCAACGGCCCGUACUCAAUCGCAGGUUGCUCUACGUCUUGCUCGAGGGUAUUAUUGAGAAUCUUUUUCCUCGCAUAGAUCUGCUGACUAUUACUAGAAAACUUUAUUCUGCUUCACCAAGAGUCAAAACGAAAAUCAAAGGUUGA